CUCGGCCCCAUCUAAAACCAAAGUUUAGCAAAACUUUAGGCAGGAAAUAGCGAGCCCCCUAACGGAGCUGCGCCACCACGGACGGCGCCUCACUUUAGCCAGGCGGACUUGUAGACGCAAAAUGAACUAUAAUUGUUACAGAUCGUAUAGAUCCACAUGUUUUUGGUAUGCGGACGCACACGUGCUUUGUACAUAGUCGGAGAACGUGGGUGGAAAGGUCGAUGAGAAUGGCCAUGGCGCAACAACGCUAGUUUCUAUCUUUAGCUAGAGCUCUUAAGCAAGCGCUGGAACGCGAAAAGAAAUAGGGCAUUAGCUGCAAGUUCACUGGAGCAAUGGAGGGAUUUGCGCCCGCGAACGCACAAGGCGCACGACGACAAGUUUCAGAAGCAGAUACAGCGCUUUCAAAUGUGAUUACGAGCGUCACAGUUUCACAACAGGAAUCCCAGGGGCAGGCGUCUGAGCAAGCAGCGGGAAGCACAGGAGAGCCACCCAGCCCCCGUGCGGCACGAAGCCAAGUGUCAACAGCUGUUUCAUUUGAGGGAGCGCGUGCUGCUGGCUCUGCCGUCCAACCGGAGCGCUCGGUGGAUGAGGAUAGCGCGCUAUCGGCCGCGGAACCAGACGGUCCUGUACGUUCAAACCGUGGUCAAGGACCCCGGCCCGCAAACAGCCUCGUCUCCACAGCCGUCCACCCCAAAAUCCGGAAUGCGCACACCAGCGGCGCGCAUCACCCAUCGGCCCUUCCUCUGCAGCAACAACAUGCGCAGCACCAGCACCAACACCACGCUGCCGCUGCUCCCAACCACGUAGUUGGCGGGCGGGGCGCCGGGCUUACUGCUGACCACUACGCAUCCUCUCCUGAGGUCCAGCGGCCCCGCAGCAUUACAUCACAUGCCGCGGAGACAAGGGGCGAGGGGCGCGGUCACGGAGGCCGGGGUACCGGAGAGCAGGGGCCCAAUCCAGGCUACGGGCCCCGUGCACACCCUGCGCGUUCGAACGUUCGUGGCGCAACUCCGGCCUCCGUGUACGGGCAAAUCCAGGCACCCGGCCUGGUACCAGGCCCUCCGUCGCCUCGUAGGGUCCACCAGCACAGCCUACAUUGGGACGCUGGGGCGGCUGGCAUGGCGGGCAAUGGCGGUGUUGGCGGCGGCGUUGGUGAAGCAGGGCCUUCAGCGGUGCUGGACCCUGCAACAGCUGCUGCGGCGGCGGCCGCCCUUCUCGGUAACGGCCUAGUCGGCAGCUGGAACCUCAUGCACAACCUGAGUCGCUGUCCAGCCGACGAUGCGGCCGGCGAGCGUGGGCAGGCUGCGGCGCUGUCGCCAUCCUUCCUGGCUGCAGCUGCGGCGGCUGGGGGCUCCGCGGCUGGGGGUGCUGCGGGCGCGCUGCCGAUCCCAACCUCGCCCUUGACGCUUGCCGCUUUAGGGCAACAGCUGCAGUUGCAGGCUGCUAACAUGCAACACCAAGCUGCGCCUGCAGGACCCAUGGCGGCCCAUGCUGGGCAGCCCGGCGCGGGGACGGGGCUCGCCUCCGGUGCUCUUCCUGGGGUGUUAUGGCGGCCUCCGGGGCAGCAAGGGGCGGCCGCGGGACAGCAGGCGCAGCUGCUGCCCCCGCCGCCUCAGUUCCACCAACAACUCCUGCCGCCGACAUGGAAGCAGCAGCAACAACAACCACAACGACACCAGCAAGCUGCAGCAGCACCGACAUUGCAGCAACAGCAGCAGCAGCAACACCCCUUUGCGGCCAUUAUGCCCGGAGGUGGUGGCCUGGCAGGCAGCACCAAUAACGGGGGUAACGUGGGUGGUACGGCUGGCAUGGGUUUCGGUCUGGCGCCAGCUGGGGGUGCCGGCCCUGGCCCGAGUACGGGUCCUGCCGGGGGCAUGCCAUUCGGAAUGCCUGCAACAGGGCAUGGCGCGGCAUACGUUGGGGACCGAGGCAGGUUGCAGUUUGGGUUGACCGACAUGCAGGGUUUGCAUGGAUUGUUGCUGAGUGCUUCGUUGACGGCAAUGGCAGCUACGGCCAACAAUGUGGAUGGCAGCGGUGGUGCGGCGGCCGUAGUAGCAGCAGCGGGGGGCCAACUGGACAUGGAGCGUGGCGUCGGGGGCAGGCAAUCCCCGUUCCAGCAGCAACAACGGCAACAGCAACAACAGCAGCAAACCGCUUCGACGGCUGCCGGUAGCCCGCAAGCCCCGCUGCGCCCUGUAGCAGUGCACCAGCAGCACCAGCACCCGGACUCGCUGCAGUCAAACGUCCAUACGCAAGCACACGGAAACGCUGGCAGCCCCGGCGUUGCUUCUGCCGGCGGGGCAGGCGGACCGGCCGCGGCGGGUGCAGGCGCCGUCAUCACUGGGGCAUUCCCUCCUGGCGCUGUCAGCUACAGCGACAACGGUGAUGCCGUAGACGGUGGCGGAGACGUAGGCGCGCAUGGGGGCCCAGCUUUGGGGCUGGCCGAACCGCACCACCAUACCAUGCGCAUGUAUCUUCCGGUCAUGUUGCCGUUUGACUUAGUCAGGUUGGGGCAUGCUGCAACGGCGGCGGCCGCUGCAGGCCCGGCGCCGCAGUCUGUUCCACACGCCGGCGGCCAUGUGAGUGCGGUCAGUGCAGACGGCGACGGUGCUGCUGCCGCCUUGGGGAACCCCCAGAAUGGAGAGCAGCACCAGCGCUUGGGUAUUGCUGCAGCCGCGGCGGCGGCGGCAUCAGUUCUGAGCAUGCAAGCCCAGGAUGCCUCGCCACACGCUCCCUUGCAUUCUGAGCAUGAGUCCGGCCAUCACCGCACGACAGCAGCAGCAUCUGGAAGUGCCGGCGGCGGCAGGCAACAGCUCACGGCUGCCGCUUCAGCUGCCCGGGUUGGCUGCGGCGUGGUUGGUGGUGGCGGUGGCGGCAAUGUCAGCGUCGCGGGGGGCGUCAACGGCGGCAACGAAGGUACACGGUCAUUCGAUGCCGGUGGUGAAAGUGCGGCGGCGGCUGACGGGUCUCAGGGGCUGCGAACUGGCGGAGCCGCCGCCGCUGCCGCCGCCAUUAUGGCUGGCGGCGGUGCUGCGCUUGUCGGGCUAGCUGGCAUGGCGAUGACGCAGCAGCAAAACACCAUGCUGAGUGCCGGUAGCAACCCGGGCGGGGGCGACACGGGGGUCGAGGGAGUCGACAGCCUGGACGCUGCCGUCAGGGCCGCUGUCGCGGAGGAUACGCCCACGGCGUCUGUUGCAGCUCCGGGCAUGGGAGGCGGUGCUGCUGCUGCUGAUGGUGGCAGCGGCGCCGCAGAGGUGGCAGGGCAGCACCCGCACCAAGGCGGUGGUAGCGGAGCCGGGGUUGCAGGCCCCGCCGCCGCAGGUCCCGCAGGCGCUCCUGGGGGCGCUGCAGGACUGGGGGGGCUUGGGCUGGGUGGCAUGCUGGGUCUAGGCGGCGGGGCUGCAGCACACCAGCACCAGCACCUCCCUGAGCCCCAGCCCAACAACACCAACAAUGCCGCCAGCAACGGCUACGGCGCCGGACCCUCCAUGACGCACUCCGCGGACUACCGCUCGCAGCUGCAGGUGGCGCUCAGCUUGUUCCUGCAGGCCACGUCGGCGGCGUAUAACAGCCAGCGACAGAGCGGCAUCGCGGGCGGGAACGAGGGGUCGGGUGUGUUCGCCGCGGCGGGGGCGCAAGCCUCCGCCAGCAAUGUGGUUGGCCAGGAUGUGAGCGGCGGAGGCGUUGACGGUGCCGGCGGGGUUGGGAGCGCCGCUGCGGCUGGAGGCGGCGGAGGUGGCGGCGCUGCCGCGCCGGCGGGCGUUGCAAGCAGCGACGGCGUUGGGGUUAGCGGCGCGGGACCGGGUUCUGCUGCUGGCGGCGGCGGAGGUGGUGCCAGUCCUGCUGCAGCACCUCCGGACCACGUCGCCGCGGCGGCAGCUCCAGCGGGGGCUGCAGCAGCGGCAGCGCAAUCCAUGCAUGGCGUCGUGACGGGUGCGGCGGCGGCGGGUGCUGAGCCCAUGGAUACUGAGGGGCAAGUGGUGGACCAAGCGGCAGUGGCAAGCCGAGGAGAGAUGAAUGUAAGUCCCCUGCCGGCGGCAGACGCGAGGGAUGCUGGCGUUGGUGCAUUUGGCGGUUCCGGCGGCAGGGAUGUCAGCCCAGCUACGUACCGAGCUCCCCAGUGGUCAACACAUAGGGGUGGCGGCGGCGGUGGCUCCAGGUCCGCAAUGUACGGCAGCAGCGGCGGCGCCGGCGACAAUGCCGGCCGCGGCAGCAACCUCCAUGGCGGAGACGCCAUGGGCCAUCAGCUCCAUUCCCCGCACCAACAUGCACAGGCCGGCGGAGGCACCGCGCAUCACCAUCAGCUCCACCAGCACCACCAGCACCACCACAUGCCUUCCACCCUCAGUCAGGGCUACCUACGCCCAGCCAGCGGCGGCGGCGAAGCUGGCGGAGGCGCCACCGGUAGCCACCGCGGCGGCGCGGCGACCCAUGGGACGCAGGGCAACCGCAGCCACGGCGUCGCGGAGCUUGGCGGGGGCCUGCUGAUGCCUGGCGGAGGCGACCAGGAGGGCAACGGAGCAGCAGCGCCCGCAGGCGCCAGCGUCGGCAGCGCCGGCGGCGCCGCUGGCGGCGACGGUGAGCAGGCGGACAACAACUCGGCCUUGGCUCUGGAUGCGGAGGCUGGUCAUCCGGCUGCAUCGGUGCAUGCGACGGUGGUGGCGGAGGACAGCGACGACGUGUCGGAGGGUGGCGGCGGCGGCGGCGGAGACAGCGGGUCCAUGGAGGUGCCGCCGGCGGCGGCGCGAGGGGGCGCGGGGCUUGACGGCGGCAGUGCUGGCGGGGGCGGCGGCGCUGGCGGGGUUGGAAGCAGCCGAGGAGGUGCAGGCCUUGGAGAAAUCCUGAGCCAGCGGUUUGACGGCUUAAGGUCUCGGUCCACGGAGGGUCGCGCAUCCAAGCAGCAGCCGCGAGGGGACAUGCCGGCGCUCCAGGGACAGCCGGCCACCGGCGCAGGGACGGCCGGCGGGGGCAGCCGCCAGGCGGAGGCGCGGAGCCCGCCACGCCAUAACACCGGAGGCGCUGGCCCACGGGACUCAAGCAUGGGCAUGGCUGCGGGGCCAUCCCAUGAUGACACGGGCAGCGGCAGCAACGGUGCCACCACAAGCGACACGGUGGACAUGGCCGAAGAUGACAGCCGCAUGGGCUCGGCCUCAGAUCAUGCGGGGUCGGGCAUGGGCGACGGCCCGCCGGAUCACAUGCUAACGGACGAAAGUCUGUUACCGUUGGACGAGCAUGGAGGCGAGAAUGGCGGCGGCGUCGGCGGGGCCGCUGAGAUGGUGGAGGAGCGGGGGGACGACAAUGACAACGCGGGCAGUGCGGACGGCGGCGAUGGGGGCGAUGGGGAUGAGGAGGAGGGCCCGGAUGGGGAUGGAGACGGUGGGGCGCGUACCAGCGUGGGGCCGGCGGCGGCGUUGAUGGGCAUGUUGGGCGGUGGCGGCGGAGGCGCGAGCACGGGUCACAUGGGCCCGGCGGAGGGAAGCGAUGGCAAGGGCUCUCCGACAGAUAAGGUUGCUAGCCAUCACCACCAUCACCAUCAUCAUCACCGCCACCACCACCAAGCCGCUAGUCACCAUCCGUACUACCAUGGAACGCCCCAAGCGACGCCAUCCGCAGCACCGGCCGGAGGAGGCGGUGGCGGUGGCGGCGGCGGAGCAGCCGGUGUCAGUGCUGCCGGCGGAGGCGGAGGCAUCUUGCUUCGUGCCUGCAACAGCAUCUCCACCCGUCGCCACGACAGCCACAAUAAGGACCCACGGCAGCAGCAAGCCUCGCAGCUUCAGACGGUGGCCUCAUUGUACGCAGCCGCAGCCGCCGCUACAGUAGCGGCUGCGGAGGCGGCAGCGGGCAACGUAGGCGGCGGCGGCGGCCCCGGUCCCGCAGGUAGCGGCGCAGCAGGGGCCAUGUUCAUGACCCCCGCAGGCGGACCAGCGGUGCGCAGCGGAGCCGCUGCCGGUCAGGAAGCUGCCGCGUCUGUGCGGGAUCGGGGCAGCCCCGCGCCUCGGGAGACGCCCCUUCCCGCCGCCAAUAGCACCGCCGUGAGUCCGGUUGCACUGCAGGAUCGCGUGUCGCCAAGGUGGCCGGGGGGUGACGCGGCGGCGGCGGAAGGACGAGGUGGCGGCCGGGGCGCGUCGCAUGCGCACCUGCAACACCCGCACCAGCAACACCAGCAUCAGAGCUGGGAAGAGCGGCACGGUAGCGUCGCUGGCGCAGGCCCGGCUUUGAGUGUAUCGAAUGCCCAACGCAACAUGCACCUGGGGGGUGCCCCCGAUGCCGACGGCGGCACCUGCCGUACACCUCGCAGCACCGGCGCCGCCGGCCGACCGGCUUCCGGCGGCGGUGGCAACGCUGCUGCAGCCGCCGCUGCAGCUGCCGGCGGGCCCAUGGGGACAGCAACGACGCCUGCUGGCACAGCCGCAUUGCGGAAAUCCUCGAGCCAGGAAGCUGUAGGAAGCGUUCGGCGUCAGCCCUCACCGCUGCUGGGCGCUCCUGGCGGGUCACUCCACCCGCCGCCUGCGUCGCAGCAGCGCCAAGGAAGUCCGCCUGCCGGCAAUGCGCAGGCACCUGCCGCAUCAGCGCUCCAGCCAUCGCAUCAGCAGCAGCGUCCGCACAUGCGUGCUCCGCAGCAGCGUCCCCAGCGGCAUCAUCACCACCACCACCACCAGCAACAGCAGCAACAUGAGCGGGUUGCCUCGGCAUCAGCCUCGCAACAGCACCAACAACAACCGCAUUCGCAACAGCAGCAACAGCGGCAGCAGGGUAGCGCAGCUGUACAGCCUCACAGCGCUGGCCAGGACCAUGCGCCUAACAUGAACCGCAACAACGAGAACACAACGCUUGCUGCUGUGGGGCUUGCUGCCAUGCACCCGACGAGUGUCCUGACGACUGCCUCCCAGCCGCCGCCGCCCAACCUGGCCCCCAACGCUCACCAGCAAGAGCUGUCGCAACUGCAAAACACCUCUGUGAGCCGUCGUGGCGACGGCCUUCACGCAGGUGGUUUAGCAGCCGCGGCAGCGGGGGGUGCUGCGGCUGGCGGUGCGGCCGACAGCGACGCUCGACCCGCCAACGCGCAGGCGACCCGUGGGUCAGCUGGAGGCGGCCCCAAUGCUGGCGCCGUGGGCGGCUUCAUGGGUAAUCGUGCGCUACAGGCGGCCGUGCCGCAGGUGACGGAGAUCCAUGGGCCUCUUGUCGGGAUGGCUGCGACGGCGGCGGGGGCUAUGGCCAUCCAGCAGCAGCAGGACCGCUUGGCGAUGGCUGCUGCCACAUCCGCUGCUGCUGCGAACGCCGCGGCGGUGGCACAUGCACAGGGCGGUUGGCAGGAAGAGGAGCGCCGGGACGGUAACCGCAGUGCCUCCCCAAGCGGUCCCAGCUGCUCUGCCGUCAUGCCACAGUUUACAGAGGUGCAUGGUGCCUUCACACGCGGGGCAGGCACGGCGGCGGAAGCGCAGGCGAGGCUGUUGAGAGGCGGCGGGGGUUUUGGAGCGGGCGGCAGCAGGGCAGGCGAGGCAGAGCGUGCAGCAGAAGCCGGUGGCGGGGGUGGUGGCGGCGGCAGCCGAGGAGGGACGCGGCGUGACUCUGCAGGUAGGGGCCUUCCUUCGCCUUUCGUAACGGUUGCUGGAGCAGCGCACAACCAGGCUACCGGUGGGGGCCUCGGCGUGGAUGGGCCAGGGAGUGCGGGCGCGGCAGCUGCGGUGGCACGUGGCGAGGCCGCGGAUGGAUUCGCUAGAGGCCGGGGCAGUGCCGCGCGUACUGCCAUGGCCACAGCGACGGUGGGGAAUCGCCGCCGUGGGGGCGGCAGCGGUGGCGC